AUGAUAUCCUGGUCUUUAGAUUCAGAGACAGCUGUGGAAAUGGCCUUGCGGUGGGCGCUGCUCUGCCUCAUCUGUUCCCCACUGGUGUUGGCAUCUGACUAUGGCUUACCUAAAUUCAUCUGCAGCCCUAUGCCGCUGGAUAUGGAGCACGGUUGCCAGUCAGCCAGUCAGCAGCGACAUGGACCAGGGGCAAACAAUGGAGCAAAUGGGCACUGGGUGGGGACCCUGGAGGAAGCCAAGGAAACAAUCUUACACCUGCGGGAGACAGUGGUGCACCAAAAGGAGAUGAUCCUGGACCAAAGGGAGACGGUGCGAGAGCUGACAGCCAAACUCAGCCGCUGUGAAGCCCAUUCGCGGAGACACAUUGGAGAACACCAUGGCGUUCACCAUGAAGUGAACCACAGCCACGGCCAUCAUGAGGGCGGGCACCAAACCCACCAUGAGGGCGGGCACCAAACCCACCACGAGGGCGGGCACCAAACCCACCACGAGGGCGGGCACCAAACCCACCACGAGGGCGGGCACCGAGCCCACCACGAGGGCGGCCACCAUGAGGAUGCUCACAGGUUGCACCAUGAGGAUGCCCACCGAGAUCUCCACAAAGGCAUCCAUGCCCGGGAGAAUGAGUACCACCAUUUUGGACAACGAGAACACCAUGAACACCAGUUAGGGCACAAUACUCAUGAUGCCUUUCGUAAGGGGGCCACAGCUGUCAACACCAUGGAGGAUCCACCCAAGGAGACUACUACUGGGGUGCACCAGAUGGAGAGGAUGCUGGAAUCCCUCAAGGAGAGGCUGGAGCAUUUACAGCACAAUCGGAACAGUUCUCUUUUCUCCGCCUCCCUACGUGAUGCUCUCCAGAAAAAGAUAAGCAUGUUGGAACAUCAGAUCCACGCGAAGUCGAACUCUUCCGACCACCAUGAACGUGGUGGGUCAACGGCAGCAGGACUAAGACAAGGACACGUCUCCCAUGGGAGUGAUGCUGAGAAAGGGCACAAAGUGGAGAAACGCUCUGAAGACUUCCGUGUGGGUUUUCCUCUUCGCACCAAUUAUAUGUAUGCCAAGGUGAAGCGCACCCUCCAUCACGAGAUCUUUGCCUUCUCCAUCUGUCUCUGGCUCAAAUCCAGCUCAGCACCAGGGAUGGGCACCCCGUUCUCGUAUUCUGUGCCGGGCCAGGCCAACGAAGUGGUGCUCAUUGAGUGGGGCAAUAAUCCUAUGGAACUGCUCAUCAAUGACAAGGCUGCCACGUUGCCACUGUCCAUUAAUGAUGCCAAGUGGCACCACAUCUGUGUAACCUGGUCAACCCGGGAUGGCAUUUGGGAAACCUACCAAGAUGGGGUCCGGAGAGGGAGUGGAGAGAAUCUGGCUCCGUGGCAUCCUGUGAAGGCUGGAGGUGUUUUCGUACUCGGCCAGGAGCAGGACACUCUUGGGGGUCGCUUUGAUGCCACUCAAGCUUUUAUUGGGGAGAUCUCAGAUUUCAACAUGUGGGGCCACAUCUUGACGGCAGGCGAGGUUUACAAGAUGGCGACUUGCACUAGCGACAUUGGCGGCGAUCUAAUCAAUUGGGCCGAAGCCUCGGUGGAGCUUCACGGAGGAGUGGUCAAGCUACCUUUCAAUGCCUGCCAUUGA